AUGACCAAGCAUCAUGAUCAUGUUUCCGAGGAGAUUCUGAUUGAGAUACUAGCGAGGUUACCAUUGAGAAGCAUCAGGAGAUUCAAAUCUGUUUGCAAAACAUGGAAAUCGGUAACAGAAACAGAUUAUUUCCGGCGGCUCUUUGUGUCUCUGCACAAAAACUCGUCUUCCUCUUGGUCACUAGUGGUGGGGACCAAGGCAAGUGACCUCAUAAGCUUGCAUAGAUGCGAGACAUGGGAUCUUCCAAAGUCUCUAGCUUGUUAUAUUCAGAGUCAUAUAACAAUAGGCCAUGUCAACUACGUGGCCUCUUCCAAUGGAUUGGUUUUCAUGGAUGGAUAUAAGACUUCCUUCGUGGGCAAUCCAGUAUUACAACAGUGGGUUCGAAUCCCUUCCCCUCCAUAUCCUUUUGUAACUCUUCCCUUUGGUCUUGUGACGCGCGUGGACGACGACGGCGUCGUUCUUGGCUUCAAAGUGGUUAGGAUCGCUGUAGAUAAACAAAAGAGACAAGAAUCAUUGACUAUGUUGUGUCUUUGUGUGUAUUCGUCUGAGACAGGCGUUUGGUCUAAAAAGCGACUUGAUUGCUCUCAUUACUUUACCAACUGGGGUCUUCCUAUGGCUCUCAACGGGACGCUUUUUAUAUCACCAGAAGAUAUUGAUGAUCCUGCUGCUGUAUCAGGAGUGCUUAUAGCUCAUGAUUUCUAUGGUGAAGAAUCCGAUCUAUGUCGGGUUAUACCUCUCCCGGAUCAUGAACUGGAUCACAACUGGUGCUUCAAAAGAGCCUGGACUACAUCCGCAGGAUCAGUCAUGUAUAUCAAAACACUAGCUCACAAUCUUUUGAAGGUUUGGAUGUUGACCAAAAAUGAUGAUUGGAAGCUUCUGUGGGAGAUACGCCUCCCGUUUAUAACUUGUGAUGAUGAUAUCCUCUAUUAUGCUCCCUUGGCAAUGAAUCCGUUUGAUGGCAAUAUUGUCUACUUAUGGAGUCAACAGAAGCGUUAUUUGGUAUCGUGUAACUUGCAGACGCACAACUUCAAAAUCUUGAGCGAAGAAGAAGUAUCUACAAGGCGUAUUGAUGAUGAUGGCCUUGAAAAAUGUGUUGUGAACCAGUCUACAUGUGAGCAGCUUAUGAAUGCGAGUUUUGAUCCAGACUCAUUGGACCAUUGUGUAUAUCCACUCACUCUUUUUCAUUUCGUUCUUCCACGGUGGAUGGAAUCGCUACCAUGUCCUCCCCAUGUUGAGAUGAUGGAUACAAGUUCACUACUCUCUUACAUUCUUGUAAUGGAGGCGAAUAGACCAGAGUUUAAGGAUACCUUUGGAAUUCGUGAACGCUUGUUGCGUAGCCGUUUCUUCUCGACAAAACGGAGAGAAUAG